UCAUGUUGGUGUCCAUUCACGCGUUCACAGAAAAUAAGUGUUUUUUAAGAGUUUUAACUGUAUUAUGCGUGAACAAAUAAACAAUUAUAUCAACAAGAGCUAACAAGAAUUUUCAUUGAAUAAAUAUUGUAAAGUCUGACGCUAGUUUCAUCUAACGAUGAAUUUGUUGUAGUGAAAUGUUUGAGAAUCUACAAGGUGGCAUACUAAACAACUGAAAAUCGAAUAUAGAAAAAUAAAGAUGGAUAUGCCUGCUACACAAGCUAUGGACGAUGAGGACUUCGUUCCCACGCAGAAAGUGACAGAAGUUAAAGAGUCUGAAAAUUCAUUGAUUGGAUCACUCGUAAUUAAUGACCUGCAUCAUCACAUUUAUUCUGGAAUCACAAUAAUUGGAAGACAACCUGAUGAUUGUGCUAUUGUGUUGAAUGAUGAGACUGUAUCACGAAAGCAUGCAGAAAUAGAAGCUGAGACUAUUGAUAGGGCUAUUUUCAUCAAGGACCUUGGAUCAAGUAAUAAAACUAAAAUUAAUGAUAAAAAAAUACGUCCAAACUGUUCCUACCAGAUAAGGGACAAUGAUGAACUGAAUUUUGGAAGAGUUAGGACUACAUUUAAAAUUCAUCAACCUAUUGAAGAUUCAUUUAUAGCUUGUACCCCACAGAUCAAUAGAAAAGCAAUUAUUCCUGAUACUCCAAAUUCAUCUAUGAAUAAUUCAUCUGCUUUAGAGGGUGACGUAUCAAGAAUUCCUGAAACACAGGCAGAUGAAGAUGAUUCGUGUUUCCGACGUCCUUUGAUUCCUGUAAGAACUUCUAUAAGUAAUGAUCACGAGAGUCCAAAACAUGUACCGUAUACUCUUGAUAACGUUCCCUCUCCUCUAUCAAAUACUAAAGAUGAUACUGAUAUUUCUGACAUAGAAACACAAAAGUUCUUAGUCUCUGAGAAAAGCAGUAUCCAUUCUUAUAGUAAUGAAGAUUGUGAAAAAUCAUUGAAUACUUCAUAUGUAAAAGAAGUUUUACCCGAAAAACUAGAAAAUCAACCACUGCAAGAUGUUGAAACACAGGAAUCUGUACAAAUUAAAUCAGUUUCUAGUUUUAGAAGAUCACAAAACACUUCUCAAUCAAUAGAAUAUACUGAAAGGCGGACAUCUAUUUGUACAAAAUCUGAUAUUGAUAAGAGUAAUUUAACAGAUGUAUCUAUCCACAGUGCUGCAACACAGAAAAUUGAAAACCUAAUAGAAGAUUUAGAAACGCAACCUUUUUCUUGCAAUAAUUCCAAUUCUGAUAAUAGAAAGUCUGCUAAUACAUCCAUUCAUAGUGCUGAAACUCAAAAAGCUAUGGCUGAUGUUUCUAAUGAAUCUUUGAAUGAUAUUCAAACACAAAAAUUUGAAAUUAAUAAUUCUGAUCUGAAAAUUAUAUCAACGGAUGCAUCUAUUUACAAUGCUGCCACUCAAAAAAUUACACCAGAAAAUGAAGAUGUUGAUGAUCUUGAGACACAGAAAUUCGGAAGUACAAGAGCUUCGCAGAGUAAUAAUUCUCAUCAAAUUGUUGAAGGAGACCAAAUGGCUUCUAAUUUAUCGUUUUCUAUUCAAGAUAUAGAUACAAUGCCUUUUACUAAACAUGAACUAUCAUUGGCUGUCAAAUUGGAUAAUGACAUACAAAAUAAAUAUGAAAAUUUAUUAGAUUCUACUACUAGUACCAGAAAAUCUGGUAUAGACAAAGAAGUAGAAAGUUCUGAUAAUUCUAAAUUAAGUGAACAAAUACCAACUCUAUCUAAAAAAUCGAAUAAAUCAGACAUAGUUGAUGAAAUCAAUGAAAACAUUGUGCAAAAUCAAAUGCAGGCUAAUGAAACACUUAUCAAAUCCAUAACCAAAAGCUUACAUAAAAGUAUAACUAAAUUUGAUAAAUCAAAAAGUUUUGUAGAAAAUGAUGAUCAUGAAGAAGAAAUAUUUUCACAAAAUUUGAUUGAAAAUUGUCCUUUCCCUUUAUUGUUAAAUGAUUCAACAAACGACGACAAUGAACAAUCAGCAGCUAAUUUACAGAAUGAUAAAGAACUUGGAAUUAAUAAAACUGUUGACAAUGAGCAUAAUAAUCUUUCAAAUAAUGAAGAUAAUAGCACAAAUAUUAAGAAUUCUUCAAACAAUGAAGAUAAUAGCACAAAUUUGAUAAAAAAGAAAUCAUCAAUAGUAGACAACGAUGAUUCAGAAACUGAUGAAGAAGGUGCCUUUUCAUCUAAUUUGUUUAAGGGAAAGAAAAAUGAGAAAUCACAUAAAAAAAUUGAAAAUGAUUCAGAAACCGACGAAGAAGGAGUUUUUUCGAAUCAUUUGACAGAAGAAGGUGAAAAAUUGAAAAGCAAACCUGAAGGUGAUUCUGAAACAGACGAGGAAGGCUUUUUCUCCGGUCAUUCAUCUAAUAACAAUAAAAUUAUUGAUGAAUCGGAAAGCGAAGACGAAGGUGUUCUUUCAAGAAAUCAAUCAAAAAGUAAAACAAGUAAAGUUGACUCAGAUGAAAGUGUUACAAAAGCUGCAGAAGAUUCAUUUACCAAUAAAUCUACGAAAAAAGUUCCAUCUAAAAUAUCGGAGUGUUGCCUUAAUAAAGUCGAUAGUAUGGUUCAAGCAGUGUCAUCUGUUUCCGAAUCAGAUGACGACAUAUUUGAUGAAAUAAAUUCAUCAAAACCAGACAUUGCACAUUCAGAAGUAGGUCAAAAUGAUAAUGAUAAUAAAGAUGUCGUCGAGUUAGUCCCGAUGCAAAUUGUAGAAACUGAAAAUAUGAGCUUAGCGCCUACUCAGAUAGUGAAUACUAAUCAAGUGCGUCAUCGGGAAAAGGAUAAAUCUGAAGAAGCUGGUGACUUGACUUCUAUGCCGAUCAUAAAAAUACAACAUCAAGUUGAUGAAUUGGCUCCUACACAACUAAUAGAGACACAGAAUGUACGUCAUAGUACUACAGCUACCUCAGAUUUGGCGAGAAAAGAAGCACAAGAAUAUGAUCAUAUGGAUGUAGCACCUACUCAAAAAUUAAUUGAGACACAAGACUGUGCUGAAUCUUUAGCACCUAAUCAAGAAGUAGUGAAUACUCAGAAUUAUUCUGAAGAAAUGGGUACGCUACAGUUUUCAGAAUCUUUGGUAACGACACAAAUUGUCGAAAAUGAACCAAAUGAUGUAGAAAAUGAAAUUGCUACGAGCCCUUCAAAGUCAGCAAACACGACAAAGCGCCAACUAGAAAUUGCGGAAAUAACAAGUAAUAAAAAACUGAAAACAUUAGAAGGUUCACCCAAAAUUAACGUAGAUAUUAAUAACACAGUUGAACAGAAUCACAAUAAAGUGUUUGAAGGAUCGGAGGAAAAAAAUGAGAACAUUGAAGUGCCAAUAGAAACUAAACAACCGGAGAAUAUUUUGGAGUCCAAUCAAAUGAAAGAGAGUUCAGCAACAGAUUUGGAGUCAUCUAUUAGUAAACCAUCUCCUACACUCAGCAGCAAGAAAAGCAGUAUAAGAAGCAAAAUUCGUCGUAGGAGACUUACACUUAAUAAGUCAGGCUUACAAAAUGAAACACUGAAAUCCGUUAUCAAUCUUAACGACACUAUCGAGCAAAAUUUAAACGAAUUAUUUGAUAAUAGCAGUGAAAAUGUAAAAACGCUUGAACCUGAACCCAUGUUGACGCAACAACUAGAGCACGUUCUCAAUUCUCAGGAUAGUAGCCCUCGAGACAACCCUAUUGAAAGUGCAAAGGAAGAAGGAAAAACAUGUAACAUUGGUAGAAAAAAAUCGCUAUUGUCUCUAUCACCUACGAGUUUGAAUAAUUCAAUAGCCAAAUUUCAAAACACCGAUGAAAAGUUUUCAUCAAAAAAUGUGCAAUCAAUUUCAACGGAAUCAGAAAUUAUUUCAGUUACUAAGAUAAAUGAAAAGUCACAACAAAAUCAAGAUUACUCCGCUAAUCUUAAGAAAGAUAAUGUAACAAGCGAAAAGAUAACAAGCAAAAACGAUAAAACUCUCGUUUAUAGGCGAGGAACGAUCGGUUUCACGGACGCCCUUGAACCAGUGUCGCGCAACGGCAAGACGACAUCGACGACCACAACAUCUAGGACGUCGAGCUCGGCGAUGACUAAUCGGACUAAGAGAACUGUCAACGAUGGCGAUGACGACGACGAAUCGAUCCAUCAACAACCAUCUCCGAAACGCACCAAGAUCUUAGCUGAUCACCGAAAAUUGCAACAAGUUACGGUAGUUAUUUCUCCUAUCAAAGCAAAAUUAAAGAAUUUAAAGUUGCGUGAAACUCAUCUGUUGAAUAUUCUUAACGGAUCAUCCAAUUUCAAACAGUCCGAUUCGACUAAUGCAAAUAAGAGGGCUACAUCAAGAACAUUGGACAAUUCUCCUGUUGUUUCUAAGAUUACAAGAACUGAUUCACAUGAUAUGGCAGUGGAGAGUAACAUUAUCGAGGAUAAAAAUGAAAGUAAAUAUAAGUCAAAAAUCAAAAGCAAGCCAGCGGCGCGUACGAAGAAAGCCAAAAUCGAUAUAUCUUCGAAGCGAAAAGCUAAUUUGAGUAAAGAAAAUUUAGAAGAGUCCGAUGUUCAGAAACCAAGAACACGUGGAAAAGGGAGGAGAAAUCAAACUACAGAUUUAUCUGUAUUGGAAAAGGAAAGCAGCAGGGAUGAGAUAUCUGCUAGCGAUUCAGAAAAUAACAGUGUGAGAUCAACUAGAAGUAGAUUAGUUCGCCAAGCUCAAAGAAAGAAAGAAGAAAAAUCAAUAGUCACAGAUAUUAAGGUUAUUCAAGAAUCAAAUUCAGAAACAUUACAAAAGCCCAAAAAUACUACUAGAAUAAAUACAAGAGGCCGAUCAGCUAAAACUGUAGACAAGUCUAGUUCAAGUAAAAUUAAUGAGAUUGCAGAUAGUGAAAAUGACAAAACUCAAGAUACGGAAUCACAAUCGUCAAGCCAAUCAGAAUCAGUCACUACUAGAACAACUCGAAAAAAGAAAAUCAAUCAAAAGUCAGAUUCAGGCAGUUCAGAGACAAACGAAGUGGUUGCUACUACGAGAGGAAGCACAAAAAAAUCAGUUAACAAUAAAUCUGACGUAGUUUACUCAAACACAGACACGACAAUUAAAUAUAAUGAAAUGAAAGCCGAAAUAAAUGUAUUCAAAUAUAUAAAGAAAAAAAUACAUGAAAAGUCAGAUGAAACAGAUGUACGCCCCACAAGAAAAACGUAUAAAAAUGCAUCUGCUAUCGGAACAAGCUCGUCAGAAGAAUCUCAAGAAGUGUCUGAAAUUAUGAAAAACGUUUUAGAAGAUUCAAAAAAAAGAAGGAUUACGCGAAAAAGACAAGCGGUAAAAAGUAAUUUAAGCCACGUUGAAAAUAGAGAAAGUUCAGAUGACGUAUUUGAAAAACCAACUUUAAGGCCUAAACGUUCUAAAUUGUUUGUUAAAUCUGAUAAAAAUAUAUCGUCUCAUGUCUCUGAUACAGAUGAAGAUUCAACACAUACAUCACAUGAAUCUACUCGAAGAAAUAGCAAUCGAAGUGCAAACCAUACGUCUUCCUCUAAUAUUGUACUAACGCCUUCAAGAUCAAGCAAAUUGACUUCGUUUUCAACGAAGAAACUGAAAGUUUUGUUUACUGGAGAAAAGUCAGAUACCUGCCGUCAGAUUUUGACAAAACUAGGCGGUGUUGUAACUGAAGAAUUCGAUGAUUGUUCCGUUUUGGUCACAGACAAAGUGCGAAGAACAUUAAAAUUCCUUUGUUCACUUGCUCGAGGAAUUCCGAUAGCUUCUGUCAAAUGGUUACAAGAGAGUGGAAAAGCACAUCAUUUUUUAGAUUUAGAAGAGUAUAUUCUAAGCGAUCCAGAGGCGGAAGCUAAAUUUAAAUUCAAUCUGAAAAAAAGUUUGGAUAAGGCUAGAAAACAGAAAUUACUUGAAGGAUAUACUAUUGUUCUAUCACCAAAAGUGAAAGAACCUCCGGUAGAUGUAUUAAAAAAAAUAAUCAUAUCCAGUGGAGGAAAACCUCUCGUAAGAGCUCCUGUUAAAUGGCCAGAAAAAUCUGUCGUUGUAACGACACAAGAAGAGUUGGACAGUGCUAAGAAAUUGAUUGAAAAAGCUUCAAAAUCAGUCACAGUCCAAUCAGUUGAAUUUAUUUUAACUGGAAUUCUGAGACAAAAUAUAAAUCUCAAUGAAUUUCGAUUAUUAGCUUAAACAUUAUCAUUUUUUGCAAAUAACUGACGUCGCUCAAAAAUAGGAAUAACUUUAUUUUUUGUACUAUUAAGGAAAUUAUUUGUAAAGGUUAUUCGACAUUAUUAUAUUGAAAGACAAAGUUUACUUGGGAAUGUUUUGUCACCUAUGAUUUUUUUGUGUUAACUUAUUGCGUACCGUAUUAUUCGUAAUUGUAUAUACAUAAAAAAAUGUUUAUUUUGCUAUUUUCUAAUAAUUAUAAAAAAUUAUCGACUAUAUUUGUAAACAAUUGAA